GGCCAGUAGUUCCCAGCGGCUGCCGGAAUUCUGUUUGGGUGUCCUCCAAGACCUGUCGCAGCAGCCUGUCUGCUGUUGCUGGUGGUAGCGGCAACGGUUGCCUGCCUGCUUGCUUGCUUUUGGUCGGUGCGCCUUCUCUGGGAAGCCUUGCUUUGUGUUUGCUGGUCCCUUUGUGCUUUCUUUCUUCGAACCAAUCGCAGCAGAGAAGAACCCGAGGACCCGAGCCGUGCUGGAUCCAUAGACACUGUUCUUUGUGCCGCGGUUUGCCAGGCAUACCGGGUGUCACGAAAGGAACCGAACCGAAAUGAAUCGAACCAUCGAGGUUUUGUGGUGGUUGCGCUUUCCGGGUGCUUUUUGUUCUUUGGUUUGCCCUCACUGGGCGAGGGCAUUUUCUCUCGUUGCCACUGAUGGUAGGUGAUGAUCAUCUCGUUGGUAGUGUAGGAGCAGGGGUACGCUGUAAUAUUGGGCCAUGCCACAACGGAAGGCUUUCUUGCCACGUUCUGCUUUACCGAGGAAACAAUGGUUGUUCUGCCCAAAGGGACUGCCGUUCGAGUGAGGAAAUGGUCGUGCCACCGAUGCGUACGGUGCAAGUUCCAAACACACCGACGCGUCCCAUUUGAAAUUUCUGUCGCGACACCGGUGUUCGGUUCGUGCCAUUCCAUGGUUCUACCAAAAGAUUCGACGCAUACCAUCCGAAGCUUCCGUGGUUCCAUCGAUGAUUUUUCGUACCAUCCGAAAACGCUCUUGGUCCACCAAAACGUUUGUAUCAUACCAUCCGAAGGACCGCCGUUCUACCGGUAUUUUUGCGUGCUGCCAGAAUAUUGUCKGUCCACCGGAAAGUUUGUCAGAAACCACUCGAAGCUUCUGUUGUUCUACCGACAAAUAUCCAAUCUACCAGAAUAUUCUGUCGAUCCACCAGAUUUUUUGUUUCAAACCAUUAGAAGCUUCUGGCAUCCUAGUGAAAUUAUCUUCGUACUACCUAGUAUUAUCUAGACUACCAAAAAAUUUUGUCAGUACACCGAAAACAACAGAUAUAUCUAUCUUGACACUAUAACGAUCGACUCUAACGACUGUAAUUUUCUGUAAUUCUAUUGAGACAAUGGUCCCGUCAUUGCCCGAUUUCCCAUACCAUUGGAAAUUUCUAUCGUUCAACGAAAAUCUUCAACACAUACCACCCGAAUCGUCUGUGGUUCUAUAGGAAACCCUCCUACUAUGGCCCAUGAUUUGCGAUGCCAUCCGAAGGUUCCAUCAGCUUUUCGAAAACUACGGCCCGACGAUCACCGAUGUUGCGGGAUCGUGUCUGCCAGCGGAACCGCUCGCGUCGCCAAGGGAAACCAAUACUAACGGCCCGGAAGCAAUGGUACGAGUACGGUAGACCGAAUAGGACCGGCUCGACUAAAUCCAUUCGGUCCAUCCGUCCUUCCGUCUUCGGGUUCGCCUCAACACAUGUACUUGAAGUACUUCGUAGUACGAGUUUGUGGCUCUAUCGCGUGACAGGCAUUUAGCUGUGGGAUCUACAAAGGCUUCUGUGAGAUAUCAUAAUACAGUACCGUACGAACCGAGGCGAGGGGUCAUAAAUUUAGGAGGUGUGCGCAAUGCGAUCACUUUUUGGAGCAGUUUUUGCAAAACUCGUAUUCCAUCCUUGGCAGAAAAAAAGAAAAAUCUCAACCAUUUUUUAAGUUCUCAUUUUUUAUUUUUAGAUUCUUCCUUCAGCUUCUACAUUUGAGUUUUAUCAGAGUACCUCCAGGAACACUCUAGAGUAGGGAGAUUCCUCACUUGUAUCCACAAUAACAAAAAAACCUUCAUCGGCAACCAUGGUGGCAUUAGGAAUUGUCUUUUUCUUUUGCAGUGCGGCCAUCAGUUAAAACCCGCGCUUCAUGAUACUUUGGGGUCCGAACAAUCUGUAGAAGAAAUGAACAUCAUAGCCGCUUACUUUUGCAACACGAUUCAAGCGACCGGACUUGAUCAUUUCUUCUACCUCCUGCCAAAUGGACUCAAAUGCCGUAACGUUCUCGUCAAAAAGCAUAACGCUAUAAUCGCUAUCAUAAAACACCGAAGUUCCUAAACAAUUCCAGCUGCCAAUGAGGGCCGCCCUCCCGUCUGCGAUUGCGACUUUCUGAUGGAGAGUUAAGUUGUUUUCUCCCUUGUCACACACGUAAAUCUCCGCACCGAGCUCAAGCAGUCGUUCUAAGGCAGGACCGAAUAGACCGUUCAUGUAGGGCACAUCAUUACUCUCAGCUGAGUUUGUAACAACACGGAUUUUGAUUCCUCGACUAGCAGCCCUAGUCAGUGCAGCAUCUAACUCGUCGAAAAGCUGAAGAUAACCAAAAAUAAGGUCAAUUCUCUCCUUGGCUGUUUCGAUCAUGAAUAAGAGUGACGAGAAAAUAAUGUCACGGCCUCUGGGGUCACCACUCUUGUGAUCAAGCUGAAACAGUGAAACAUUGCAAUUUUCUUGAAUUUUGAUCGAGGCACUGCGAAAGAUGGAACUUCUUGGUUUUCUGCUACCAUCGUUAUCCAUUUUUUCUUCCAAGGCAAGAAGAAGGUUUGGAAAGAGAGGGGCAACAUCCAUGGCAGAAUCCCAAAGCGAUUUGUCGAAAAAAGCUGCCGUUGUUUCGUAAAAAUUUCCGUUCAAAACAAGUUCGCUGUCCAUAAAGUGAUGCCCCUCGGUAGAAAAAUACUCAUCUUCAACAUUUCUCCCGCCGGUUAGCAACCAUUUCCCAUCUACGAGCAUAAAUUUACGAUGCGUUCCGAUGACGUAUUCCGACCAUUCGUUCUUGUGCCAUUUGUUCAGCAUUUUAACACGGACUCCGCCGCGGAGAAGUCUUUGUAAGACCUCCAAUUUCUUUGGUAAUCCUUCGAUGUCCAACUUGCUUUCCUGAUCAAGAUAGUACAAUGUGACCGCGUCCACAAUUAAUUUCACAUCGAUUCCUUCCGACGACUUUUGAAUUAGCACAUCCGCAAUCUGGUUCCCAGAAUUUGACGUGGCAAAUGUCCAUGUAAUGAAGCGAAUGCUUUCGCGGGCAUCGGAAAGUAUCUUCAGCCUUGUCUCUAAAGCCACGUAGGGAUCCGGAAGAAGACAGUCCAAGUUGGCUUCCGAAAACCACCACUGCUCGCUAGUUUUUAGCUCAUUGAAGUCCUCCAGGAACUUUUUGAAAUUCAUAGGGUUCAGAGUAACGCCGGUUUCUACACUCGGUCCUCUAUCGACUCUUGAUUUUUUGAGAUGUGGCGAAAAGAAAGCGCAACGUGCUUUUUGAAAUUUUGCAAACGCCAUAUCACCCAUGUCGAGUAAUCCAAGGCUAUCAACAACCGACAUGAUGAAUCUGGCGUAAGGUUUGAAAAAUACCAUGCCUGGCCAACCGAAUACUUCAUCCUUUGGGUAUGGAAUAAAUUUGGAAGUUACAGCCAAGGCGAUUAGGAGAAACAUAACAAGCGGGAGGAAGCAGACCAGGCUGGCGUCAAGCGAUGUUGACACUUCAUCUCCCAUGGCGAAUUCAAUAAUAAACAUCUGCAACUGGAAAACAACCGCGAGCAUUGCCCGGACUCCUAUAUUGCGAAUCGCAGCGGCUUGUGAGUUAAAUGAUAGCGAGUAGGUUGACAGCUUUGUAAACCAGAGCGUCAAGGCAGAUGCGUAUGUUCCACUGAAGAAAUAGCCGCCACCAAAACCAAAGAGGAAAAGGAAGGCCAUUGAAUCUGAUUCCUUAGAAGGCGGGAAAAGGGGACUUAUAGCAAUAAGAAGCAUUGAAUAAAGAAUCAUUCCUAUAGUCCCAUCCAUAGCGAGCUUUUUUUUGUUUUUUUUGCUAUGAAAACGCAUCUGAAAAAAGAUCGCUACCAUCGCCCCAACCGGGAAUCCCAAAGCCCCAAUCCACAAAGUGUUGGCGUUGCUCAAACCGAAAUACUCAGUGGUAAUAAUGGACAUGAGUGCCA